CGGGGUCACGGCGGCGGCGGCGGCGGACGGGUCAGAGGGUAAAGGUUGCUCCCCCAGCAUCCUCCGUGCUGGAUACUCAGCCAUCUUGGAUCCGCGGGACAAGAAAAUUCAUGCGGUGACAAACAGCAUGUUUGGUGCUUCAAGGAAGAAGUUUGUAGAGGGGGUUGAUGGUGACUACCAUGAUGAAAACAUGUACUACAGCCAAUCAUCGAUGUUCCCACAUCGGUCGGAAAAAGAUGCAAUGUGGCAGAAGUGGAUCUUAGGAUGGGACUUCAAGAGAAGGAAGAUGCUGGCAUCACCAUCAACAUCAGGUCAGCUGUCUCAAUUUGGGGCAAGUUUAUACGGGCAGCAAAGUGCACUAGGCCUUCCAAUGAGGGGAAUGAGCAACAAUACCCCUCAGUUAAAUCGCAGCUUAUCACAAGGCACUCAGUUACCGAGCCACGUAACGCCAACAACAGGGGUACCAACAAUGUCACUUCACACGCCUCCAUCUCCGAGCAGGGGUAUAUUGCCUAUGAAUCCUAGAAAUAUGAUGAACCACUCCCAGGUUGGUCAGGGCAUUGGAAUUCCCAGCAGGACAAACAGCAUGAGCAGUUCAGGGUUAGGCAGCCCCAACAGAAGCUCUCCAAGCAUAAUAUGUAUGCCAAAGCAGCAACCCUCUCGACAACCUUUUACUGUGAACAGUAUGUCUGGAUUUGGAAUGAACAGAAAUCAGGCAUUUGGAAUGAAUAACUCCUUAUCAAGUAACAUUUUCAAUGGAACAGAUGGAAGUGAAAAUGUGACAGGACUGGACCUCUCAGAUUUUCCAGCGCUAGCAGACAGAAACAGAAGGGAAGGAAGUGGCAAUCCAACUCCAUUAAUAAACCCUUUAGCUGGAAGGGCUCCCUAUGUUGGAAUGGUAACAAAACCAGCAAGUGAGCAGUCCCAGGACUUUUCAAUACACAAUGAAGAUUUUCCAGCGUUACCAGGUUCCAGCUACAAAGACCCAACAUCAAGUAAUGAUGACAAUAAAUCUAAUUUGAAUACAUCAGGCAAAACAUCAUCCAGCACAGAUGGGCCCAAGUUUCCUGGAGAUAAAAGUUCAACUACGCAAAACAACAACCAGCAGAAAAAAGGGAUCCAAGUGUUACCUGAUGGUCGGGUUACCAACAUUCCUCAAGGGAUGGUGACGGACCAGUUUGGAAUGAUUGGCUUGUUAACAUUCAUCAGGGCAGCAGAGACAGAUCCAGGAAUGGUACAUCUUGCAUUAGGAAGUGAUUUAACAACACUAGGUCUCAAUCUCAACUCUCCUGAAAAUCUUUAUCCCAAAUUUGCAUCACCCUGGGCAUCAUCACCUUGUCGACCUCAAGACAUAGACUUCCAUGUUCCAUCUGAGUACUUAACUAACAUUCACAUUAGGGAUAAGCUGGCUGCAAUAAAACUUGGCCGAUACGGAGAAGAUCUCCUGUUUUAUCUCUAUUACAUGAAUGGUGGAGAUGUAUUACAGCUAUUAGCAGCAGUAGAGCUAUUUAACCGAGAUUGGAGAUACCACAAAGAAGAACGAGUAUGGAUCACCAGGGCACCCGGCAUGGAGCCAACAAUGAAAACCAAUACGUACGAGAGGGGAACAUAUUACUUCUUUGACUGUCUUAACUGGAGGAAAGUAGCUAAGGAGUUCCAUCUGGAAUAUGAUAAAUUAGAAGAAAGGCCUCAUCUGCCAUCAACCUUCAACUACAACCCUGCUCAGCAAGCCUUCUAAAGACUUCCCUUUUCUUGGGGUAUGGCUGUCUCAGCACAAUACUCAACAUAACUGCAGAACUGAUGUGGCUCAGGCAUCCUGGUUUUAAUUCCUUGAGGAUCUGGCAAUUGGCUCAUGCGAAGGGUCACCAUUUGAGGUCCUGCCUUACUAAUUAUGUGCUGCCCAACAACUAAAUUUGUAAUUGUUUUUCUUUAGUUUGAGCAGGGUCUGAAUUUUUGUUUUUGUUUUAUUUUUGCCAGCAGACAAGCUUGAGUCUGUAAAGACAAGCGAGUACACUGACAAAAGUUUACCACUUAGUUUCCAAAAUGUUAAAAAAAAAAGACAAAAAAUGACAAAAAAAAGACAAAAAAUUAGACAACAAAAUUUGCAUUGUUCAUUGUAGCACUAUUGGUAAUAAAAAAUGUUUGUGCAUUUUUAUGUGAAGAUCCUUCUCGUAUUUCAUUUGGAAAGAUGAGCAAGGUUUGCUUCCUUCAUUUUACUUCCCCUUCUGUUUUUGAAAGGCAGUUUUCGCCAAGCUUAAUGCAAGAAUAUCUGACUGUUUAGAAGAAAGAUAUUGCCACAAUCUCUGGUUAGUUUCCAGAGUUGUGUAUUACUGAGCUUCAUCUUUCCAGAAUGAGCAAAACACUGUCCAGUCUUUGUUACGAUUUUGUAAUAAAUGUGUACAUUUUUUUUAAAUUUUUGGACAUCACAUGAAUAAAGGUAUGUAUGUACGAAUGUGUAUAUAUUAUAUAUAUGACAUCUAUUUUGGAAAAUGUUUGCCCUGCUGUACCUCAUUUUUAGGAGGUGUGCAUGGAUGCAAUAUAUGAAAACGGGACAUUCUGGAACUGCUGGUCAGGGGACUACUUUGUCGCCCUGUGCACUAAAGGGCCAGAUUUUCAGCAGCCAAGGACAUCCAUACCCAAGUGAAUGUGAUGGGACUUAAAGAAGUGAACUGAGACAAUUCACUCUGGCUGUUUGAACAGCAGCGUUUCAUAGGAAGAGAAAAAAAAAAAAAGAUCAAUCUUGUAUUUUCUGACCACAUAAAGGCUUCUUCUCUUUGUAAUAAAGUAGAAAAGCUCUCCUCA